GUAACCUUUCAGAGGUGCCGACUACAACCCCCAGCAUCCGGGGGAACUUUUAUCUUACAGGGAGAAAAAAAGUUUACAUAAAAGAAGCGGCAUGCUCUGGUUGUAAACGUGAUUCCUCUAAUGCCGCUGGUUUUGAAACGAGCUGUCUAUGAAUGAACGGUGAGUGAGAACAGAAGAUGGCAGACCCUGACAGCACCAUCAUAAACACCACCAUUAACCAGAAAGAUCCAAAGGAUGCAUUGGUUAUUGCUGUGACAACAAGGACCAUUUUCAAUUUGGAGAGAGAGCAUGAAAUCUUCUUGACAAAGGGCAAAGAGGAAUAUGUGAAACAUCAGCAAGCAAAUGAGAAUAUCCCCUUGGAGCAGGGAACAGCUUUCCCUUUCAUUCAGGCAGUACAGUUUGUGAACAAGAAACUUCUUGAAAGAGACCCAGAAGAAAAGGGCCUCUUUGAUGUCGUUGUUAUCUCCAAUAACAGUCCAGAGAGUGGAGUGCGAAUAAUCAAUAGCGUGAAACAAUAUGGUUUGGAAAUCUCCAAGUUUUGCUUUGUCAGUGAUGAAGAUUCUACUCAAUAUUUGAAGAGCCACAAUGUGAAACUUUUUCUCUCAGCUGACCCAAAAGAUGUGUGCAAUGCCCUUCAGAGAGGAGUCUCAGCAGCCCUCAUCUUUCAGCAGGAGAUACAAGCUCCUAGAACCCAAUUGCGAGUUGUCUUUGAUGGUGAUGCUGUACUCUUUUCGGAUGAGACUGACCGUGUCUUUCAUGAGAAAGGCCUUGAGGAGGCAGUGGAAUAUGAGAAAACUAUGGAAACUGUACCCAUGGGAGAGGGCCCCCUGAAAGCCUUUGCUUUGCAUCUUGGGAAGAUGCGUAAAAAGUUUGGUCAAGAGGACUCUCCCAUCCGCAUCUAUCUGGUGACUGCCCGCAGUGGCCGUGAUAUGGGCACCCGGGCCAUCAAAACCCUUCGGGAAUGGGGACUGCCAACUGAUGAAGCCUUCUUCAUGGCUGGAGCUCCAAAAGGUCCUAUCCUCUCCAAGAUCCAGCCCCACAUCUUUUUUGAUGACAAUUUUCACAAUAUCCAAGGCGCUCAAGAUGUUGGCAUACCCUCUGCAUUGGUUCCUUAUGGCUGCCAGAAGGGAUCAUAGGAUCACAGUGUUCUAUCAGUUAACAAUAUUUCUAACUAAAGGGAUACAAAACAAACUUUUAAAUGUACAGUGAGAGCAAUGUUUAGAAUAAAUUACAUUUAUAGAAAAUGGGAAGUGACUUUACCUGAUCAGGGUAAAAGUUCUUAUUGAAAAAAGGGGGAAAUCAAUGCUUAAAAUGUAGCAAAUUAGUUCCUUUCUUAUUUUCCAUUGAUGACAUUUGAAGAUUCUAUGUUAUUACAACAAAAGGUCAUUCCAAACAAAACACUCUUGACUUCUCUGCUGUUCAGGAACAUAGAGAAAAGCUACUUGCAUGGGACAUACUUCGCUUUCCAAGUGAAACUACUGUAACCGUAAGAAUUCCAUUCAAACAUUUCCGUGAAAAAUUCCCACAUGGUUGCUCCUGUGACACCAAUUUGCUACAGGUCUUAUAAAAAAAUCAUCUUUUCUCAUUUUAGAGUGUUUUAAUCCUUUCACAUUGUUUGAACUGGAUGCCCCUUUUCCAGGAUUCUGUAGUCUUCCAGCUUCCUUCUUUCUAUCAGUUUCCAGAAAGUAAUCAUUUAAGUUUGAGGUUUCUAAAAAAAUCCUCUUCAGAAUUUCACACUCAACUUUUUAAAAUUCUUCCCUUCAUGUGAAUAGCAGGUAAUUUUCAAAGAUGUCAUGUGAAAUUAUUUUCAAGGUGUUGCUAAAGACUGAAGUGGCCAUUGCUUUGGGUAAAGGGAAACGAUGGUCAAGGAUCACAGAAUAAAAUGUCACCAAUGUGAUGGACAUAGAUCUCCAGGGGUUGGGGAGAGUUCUUUAGGGAGUUGCGGAUGGGUAGUGAUGAUGGUUUCUGAUAAACUAAACCCAAGCCAAGGUUUAAAUAUUCCCAUUUUUCUGUCAAUUCAGUAGUUUGCUGCCAUAAUCCAGUAGCUCAGUCUGGAAACUACUUUUGAAGAGCCCAGUGGUUAGAAUGCAGUAAUGCAUGCUAACUCUGCCCAUAGCCAGGAGUUUGAUCCUGGCAGGGCUCAAGGUUGACUCAACCUUCCAUCCUUCUGAGGUCGGUAAAAUGAAAUACCAGAUUGUUGGAGCAAUAUGCUGACAUUGUAAACUGCCCAGAGAAUGCUAUAAAGCAUUAUGAGGCAGUGUUUAAGUCUGAAUGCUAAUGCUGUUGCUAUUACUCAGAAACAAGCAUUUGUGAAAAGUUCAGUAGCUCGCUUCCUGAUAACUAUUCCAACCAUUAAAUUCUGAUUUUGUAGAUGCUGUAUUGCAGGGAUGUCAAACUCACGACAACACACUGUCACGUGACGUAUCACAAUUUUUCCCCCUUCGCUAAAAUGGGGGUGGGCGUGGCUAGCAUGUGGUGCAUCUGGUCCGUGGGCCACAAGUUUGACAUCCCUGCUGUAUUGGCUUCUAGUGGACCUUAGAGUAAAAUGUAAAAAGCCCUUCUCUAGCACUCUUUCUCAUAAUACAUCCUAUACAUGUGCUGUAUGUAGGCAAGAUGUUUAAUUCAAAAGGUUAAAUAUUGUGAAUGAGUAUAAAUGCUUCCAAAUUUCUUUAAUAAAUAGUUCAUGCUAAAUAUCUGAUGUGAAAAAUGUAUUUUCUGCCACUUAUUUUGCAAGAACUUACUUAGGUUUUAACAUGUAAUGAUUGUGUAAUUGUAAUGUACAUAUCGAGUUUAAAAUAGCUAUCAGUGAAUCAACACUUCUAUACUGAAAUUAUUUAAUUGACAAUGCGGAACAUUUUUAUAUCAAUAUACUGUAUAUACUGAUACUGUUAUGAACUCUUCAUAAGAGAAUACUUUAAUAUAUCUUUAAUCAACUAAAACUAGUGCUUGCCAAAAAAUAUGUUGGAAUGAUGCUUACCUAUUACAGGCAAGAUAAUUACUACAAGCAGAAGCAUCAGAAGGUAUAAGAAUGAGGGGACAUUCACUGUAUUUGCUGGAAAGUAGUUAGGCAUAUUCUUUAUAAGAUUUACAAAUAAUGGUUUAUGGUUUUAUUCUAUUAAAAAUCAUUAGAAGUUAGAAAUAGUUUCUAGUGUAGAGAUCUUCAGUCUUUAGAAACUUAAGAUCCAGUUACGUUAUCAAAAAUCCAAGCCCUAUCAUGAUAAAAGCCCAGGAAUUUAAUUUUUUUUAUUUUGUGAAAAAGUUAUUAAUGUAUUGACAGGAAAUCUGAAAUUAUAUUUAUCAUUUACUGCUAUUUCAAGAAUGAGGUUUCAAUUAUCAAGUGUUUC